AUGAGUGAUUCGGGACAUGAAGGUAUCUUGAACAAGAAAAGAAGAAGAAGUAAAGUGCCUGAAAAUGAACGUCUUAGGAAAGCAGUGGCUUGCACGGAGUGCCAGAGGCAAAAAUCGAAAUGUUUAGGUGGAUUUCCUUGUGAUCGGUGCACUUCCAAAAAUGUUACUUGCAAAAGUGUUACUUACGUACGGAUAAGCGAAGACGAGCUGCUUGAAAAAGAGCAACGUUUAUCUUAUCUGGAGGCCAUCGUCAAAGCUACGUUUCCCGAAAUCGGGACUGAUUUUGAGAAAUUGAAGUCUAAAGUUGCCGAGCUGAAUGGAGAUAUCAAGGCCCGGGAGAUGAUCAAGCAUAUCAAUUUACACACCGUCCAGCAAACGGAAAAUAGUGAGAGUCACACUUUUUACGAGGACGCAGGCUCAACAUCGAGUUUUGUGGUGCGAGCACGCGAGAUCUUUUCGCAUGGAGCACUUCCUCCGGGUUCUUCCAAAAACAAAGACUCCAGUCUACCCUUUCGACACAAAUUGGGCAACAUUCCACGCAAAGCUCUUACUGUCCAUUCGGAUUCGCUCCAUACGGCUCUUUCGUCACUUCCGUCCCUAACAGACGCCACGCGGCUCAUUGACACCUUCAUUUCUGUUGCUGGCGGCAACAGUUUUUUCUACUUUGACUUUCUCUGGUAUCGAGGCAUCUUUCAAAGACUUUACCAGAAAAGGUCAAAAGCUGGCCUGGCCGAUGUCAACCAUUUAUGUCUCGUGUAUAUGGGGUUCUGCAUGGGUUCUAUCUUCGCGCAUGUCUGGAAAAGAAGCGACUUGCUAACGAAAAAUGGAUCUGGUGCGUUUCCGGGCUCUAACUAUUUUGAGCACGCUCAAAUGCUUUUCCCUGCUCUCAUUAACGACAGUUCCAUUGAUACCGUCCAAAUCUUUUUUAUGGCUUCAAUGUACGUUAUGGCGGGGCAGGAGCUCGAAAUGGCUUACACAUAUUCAGGAAUGGCAAUGAGAGCUGCUGUAGCCAACGGGAUACAUAAAAGGUUCCGAACCGGGUCUGACGGCGACGAAAAGAAAGCCGAGUCCCGAAAGAGAUUGUUUUGGAGCGUCUAUACAAUUGAGCGACGUUCUGCAAUUGCCUUAGGACGUCCAGAAACUUUGCCCGUCUCUGAAAUUGAUCUAGACCUUCCGACCUACUGUGAGCCCUUGGACAAAAAUUCCGAGAAUGCAGACGUCACUUGCAUGACACUGAUUUUCACAGUGUCUCUUCUAACCAUCAAGAUUCAUGACAUGUGGUUUAGAAGAGGUAAACAUGGAUUCAAGUUUGCCACAAUUAUGGACAUGCACCACAGUAUAGGACGAUGGCGUGGUCAAAUUCCACCUCAUCUCGAAAUCAAAUCAAUGUCUAUCGGGGAAAGGUGCUAUAGAGGAGCGGCACACGUACACUUCGCUUAUAACAUAGCCAGAAUAACACUUGGGCGGCCCUUUCUUUUGCUUAAGUUGAGAGAUACAAAUGUUUCCGCAGAUCUUGAGCCGGACCUGGAUCACUUCGCCUCCCAAAUGGUGUCAUACUCAUACGAUGCGGCCAGUCAAAUUGUUGAGACACUUUCAACAUUGAAAGCCCAUAAUCUUCUUUCUUGUUACUCGUUCAACGACUACAACGCGUGCCAUGUUGCUUCUUUUGUUUUAUUCGUGUACCUAGCUCUUCGUCCCUCCACAGAGGCACUUCGAAGGCUCAAUGAAAGCGUAAGCAUAUUACAACAGCUUUCGCAGAAUAGCAAGUACACUCAAAAGAGUACUAGCGUCAUUUUGAAUUUGAAAGACGCCGUUGAACAACGGCAGAAGCAUCAGCGCUGGAUUGACGGGGAAGUUCAGGGAAUUGGAGAUAAAACGGCAUAUGGAGAUUUUCGGGAACUCAGUCUCCCGGCAACGGAUCCGAACCUCGGCACGAUACUUGGGGCAACAUUGAUGCCUCUUUGGACGCACUCACGGAUGAACAUUGGUUUCUCUCGGUUCUUUGCGAAGGUAUGCCGUCGAAUCGAGAUUACUCUCUUUCUUAUUUGUUUCAAGAUGACCGAGAGUGUGAUCCAAGGUUCGACGCGCUAUCCUAGUGUGAUUUUGGGCUUGAUGCUCUCUGUAUCUACUUAA